AUGACCUCCAGCUCUCUUCGCCAACCCAUUCGCAGAAUCGCAGAGCGAGCACAAAUCGAGACCAACUCUCUCUCAUCAUUCCCAUUCUCCGAUUCCCCGAUUCCCAACAUCCUCCACCAUCGAUCACUCCAAACGGAAAAGCCUAAGCUUCCUGGUGUGAGACCUGUCAUUUCGAAGGCAAGCAAAUCAAGAGCUGAUCUUCUCAUUGAGUCAUUGAAGCUGGCCAGCUCAGUGCUGUACCAAACAACUGACAAUACUCAAACCCAGGCCAGUCCAAGCCAGCCCAGUCCAAUACUCGAAGCCGAAUCCAUGCCAGUCUAG